UUUUUUCGAAAAUGAAAGAAGUAACCAUAAAGUCACACUCGUCUGAGGAUAUGCUCAGGCUUGAUCUGUAUUACUUGCGUAAUUGAAUCGUAAUCCAUGGGCUCGUUUUAAGGUGUAGCGCGAGUAACCUACUCAUGUGUUGUUUUAAUUGCGCGAAGAUCAUAAGGCUAAUGUUGUUGUAGAUUUUUCUAUCCUACAGUCAUCUUCAUCGGCCUGGUGCUUAGUUGUUCGCAUUUUUGGUUGCCGUUGUUGGACAAAUCGUAGCUAUAUUUAUAAAUCGAAAAAAUGCGGGAGCGUCACGACGCGCCGGGCAACGAGACAGGACCCGUAGACGUCGAUAUGCCAGAUGGGCCUUUACCCCAAGCACCCGAGGAAGGCUUUCGCUUUGGCGAGUCGCGGUUACAGAACAAGAUUGACGCUAUUUUCGCCCAAGUUGGUUCAAGUUCCAUUGGUCAGGCAAGGGUGGCUCCCUCUGCGGCUCUCCCGACUGAUGUUUUUUGCAGCGCAUCCGAACGACGUGGUAUCGUCCCUUCUUCUGCAGCGCUGGGAGGUGGAGCGCCUUCUGGAUCUUCUGCCUUCGCAGGUUCUUCAAUGUUUGCGCAGCAUCAAUCAGGACAAGAACAUCUUGUUGCGAUGUCCUCGACAAAUGAUGGUAGUGACAAUGGGAUUCCACUAACCCGCAUGACGAAUCAUGGUAAUGUCCAACAUCAAAACACGAGUUCCAGACGUCCGACGGUUCCGGAAAGCUACAUAACUAGCGAACUAGAAGAACGCGCCUCCUCAGAGUUAGAUCAAGGCAACUUAAUGCGAGAUCUCCAAAUGGACUGGCAACUUGAGGGGUGUAAUACAUCACGUCCAGUGCGUGGAGGAGGUUCUUCGUCAAGGUUUGGUGGAGCAAACUGCUCCACAGGAGCUAAUACCUUUCUUAGCAGAAACGCGACCAUGGCUCAACAAGGCAUGAUGAAUUUUCACCCUUCAGCAGGACUAGGAGGUGCGCAGAGUGGGGGUAAUAAUUUCUCAGGAGCAUCUCGAAACGCAGGCACAACUCCAAGCAUGUUGUUCCAAUCAAUGAAUACAACAAACGGCGCAUCAAAUGGUGCAGGCCCGCAAGCUGCGGCUACAAUGCGCUUUCGAGAACCAUCGAAUUCAUCAGAUGAGGAGGUAAAAGCAGACGGUGAGGACGGUGUGUCCUCUUCAGACUCUGAUUCCGCGUUCGACGAGGACGUCCGAGAAGCCCUAGAGUAUCACGAAAAUCGUGGGAAUGAAGCUGGUACUGGAGCGGGAAGAGUGCCAAAUGGCACGACUAGGACCAGACCAAGGCCAGCGCGUCUGAAUACACAAUUGUCUUCGGGAAGGCAGCCGCAGCCAGUGCCAGUACCAAUUGCUGGUGGAAACGUGAGCAACGGUCAAUCGCAUGGCGCUAGUACUACAAGCGACCCGCUUUUGCAGGGACAACAAAGAAUGGAUGGAACUGAUUCUCAGCAAUUAAUAUGUUCUGAAAUGGAACGUGCUAUGGGAACAGGAGAGAAUGGGAUUGAACAAAUCGCGACCCUCACACUGGAACCGGCCGAAGCGCGCAAUCCAAGGCUAGAAAAUUUCCAAGACGCACUACUAAAUGAAGUCGCCCAGGAUAUCCAAGUGGAAACGGGUUUACGUGCGCCAGGCACAACUACGCGCAAACGCACUACCAGUGACAUCCAAAGCACAGAGACGCAGUUACUUGCCACGAAUUCGGGGUCCUCUGGUGCUACUGCUAGUGCUAGUGCUGCAACACAAGAAGCCAGAAUGCGAGUGACUCGUGCCAUGAACAGCUCUGCCGCAUCAGUUUCAGUGCCCUCUUCCGCAAAUAAGCCCUGUGCAAAUUACGAACGCUACGGACACUGCGUCUUUGACGACAAUUGUAAAUUUUCGCAUGCACACAUAACUGCUGACGAAGCGGCCAGACUUCGUCAAAAAUGGAGAUCCGACACUCUCGAGGGCACGCGACUGUCAACCAGCGCAGAAAAUGCAGCAGCUGCUCAUGCGCUGCUUAGCUCUUUAAAUAAAAUAAAAGCUAGUGCUUGUAGCUCUAGCUCUAGCACUACUGUUUCUGGUGCUGGUCGUAUAGGAGCAGGAGCAGGUCGUGGAGUCCCAUCGUCAGAUAUUACAUUUACAACACAUAGUGAGGGCUCGGCCUCUGCUGGUGCGACGUACGUCUAUACCGGGACUUCAUCCUCAACAAAUGUUGUCCCACAGCAUGGUGCUUUUGCCGCACAGGAAAGUGACAGCAUGAUGUGCGACGGAGGGCAAAAAAUUAAUGUUGAUGUUCCAAUAGGCGAUGUCGCGCAGCCAACGCAUGUGGUGAUGGCAGGUAAGAAGCCUGUUUUUCAUCUCAGCGGCGCAAGAGACGACCCUAUGAAAGGAGAUUUAGCCAAUGCCCUACCAAGUGUCCCUUUGAAGCCAAACGCAGCUGCGAGACUGAUGGCACAAAAAAAUCGAACAGGAGGAGGAACCGCUAGUGCUACCAGUAAUCAGGGAUCCUCUCUGUUUGGAGGUAUUUCAACAAACAGAGGUCCAGCAGCUACUGGCUCGUCGCGGCCAGCAACCAUGUCAUGUGGAGAUGACGAAGAUGAUGAAGAUGCUGGUGUUGGUGCUGGAUCAAGCGGCACUACGACAGCAGGUGUGGCUCCGCAACCAAACACGAAGACUUCAUCUACCUCAUCGUCGACCAACAUGUUCAGAAAGAGUCGAAGGGGAAAUCAGAAUGCGCGCAAAAAAGCAGUUGAGAGGGAAGAAGAUGGCGCCGGCCCGGCGCCGAUGGAUGAAGACUCUGACGGUUUGUGAUAUUGUUUCUCGACCGUAUCCGUAGUCAGUCUUCAUUUUCAAAAGCUAAAAACUAGGACUAUGCGUCCGUCCCAACAAAAGAGGACCACACUCAGUAUAUCCAUUUGACAAUUGCCGAUUAUCAGUAUCACCAACGAUCUCGACUUCCCCAAGAAGCAUUGAAGUUUUCAUCUGUCACUUGAAGUGACGGAUUGCGACGAU